AACAAUAAUAACAAGAAGAAGAAGCAUAAAAGAAACGCCUACAAAUCAGAUCAUCAAAAAUACAAAAUUAUUAUAAUGCUGUCCCAAUACAUGGAGGAGUUUGAACAGGAGCCCUUUGAGGUGGGUGAGUUCAUAGAACGCCUCACCUGGCGCACCAACAACGAACUGCAAAACAGCGAGGACUUUCAUCCUGUGGCUCUGCACGACACCUUUAUCCAGACCAUUAAGGACUUAAAGAUACUGCAGGAAAAGCAACAGAGCAAGUGCGAACGGCUUGAGGAAUCACUGCGCCUAGAAAAGGAGUCUCACGCAAAGAAAAUCGCGAAGCUGCAGGAACGCCAUCAAUUGGCCAUCGAUGUGUUUGGCCAGCUGGACGAAAAAAUCAAUUCAGUGGCCGGCAAGAUCAUGCACCUGGGCGAGCAGCUGGAGAAUGUAAACACCCCGCGCAGUCGCUCCGUGGAGGCCCAAAAGUUGCUAAAUUUUAUGUCCGAGUUUCUGGCUGCAGGACCUGUGAUUGUCAACGAUAUUUUCGCAGAUGCCGCACGUUUAAGUGAAGCCGCCGAUGUGAUCCAGAAGCUAUACGCGAUCUCACAGGAUCUUCCGCCUGGAAAUUUUGCUGAAUCAAAGCGAAAAAUCGAAAAGAAAUACGACGAAGUUGAACGGCGGCUGAUCGAAGAGUUUGCCACAGCACAAAAGAGUGAGGAUAUCGAACGCAUGAAGACCCUGGCCCAGAUCCUGUCCCAAUUUAAGGGCUAUACACAGUGCGUAGACGCGUAUAUCGAGCAGAGCCAGAUGCAGCCGUAUAGCGGCAAGGACAUCUUCAUCGGCAUUGUGCCGCUGUGCAAACAUCACUACGAGAUCAUCCAAAAGGUGUUUGCCAACCCGCAGCAGGUUAUGUCAAAGUUCAUACUGAAUAUCUACCAGCUGAAGUUGCACCAGUACGCGAUGACCAAACUGGAGGACAAAAAAGACGAAGAGAAAUAUCUGCGGACUCUUUAUGAACUUUACUCACGUACACUGAAGCUGUCCACGGAUCUGCAAGUCUACAUGUCCACCAUCGAUGACGACCUGUUGCAGAAGCUAACGCAGCAGAUCUUUAUGAAACAUUUAGCGGGGUACGCCGAAAUGGAGACCAAGUGCCUCACAGCGAAAUGCUCCACGGAGCUGGAAAAAUUCUAUGCGAGCAAAAAGCAUCAAAAGACAGCAACCACCAAGGGCUUUCGACGCAACAUGGAGGUGUUAAUAGCCACGCGGGCCAACAUUAAUAUUGCCGCUAUCGAGGACUAUGGUGGAGAAACUUUCCUCUCCGAGGAGCUGGCCAUCAAUAUGCUGCAGGAGGCAAAGGCCUCACUCAAGCGUUGCCGUCUCCUGUCCAACGAGACUGAGCUUCCAGGCAAUGCCAUCAAGCUCAACGACAUCCUUUUGCGUUUCCUAAUGCACGAGCAUGUUGAUUACGCACUGGAAUUGGGACUGCAGGCAGUACCACUGGCGGAGGGGCGAGUUUUCCCCCAGUUAUACUUUUUCGACGUGGUGCAGAAGACGAACAUUAUUGUCCAUCUGCUAGAAAAACUGUGUCACACAUCCGUCAUACCCUGUGUGAGUAAUACGCCCAAAUACUCGGACUACAUGUUCACAAAACGUAUGCUGAUGGAGCAGAUCGAGACCAAGUUAGAUCAAGGCUUGGACCGCUCGAUUAGCGCGGUUAUCGGCUGGGUUAAGGUGUAUUUGCAGUAUGAACAAAAGAAAACCGACUAUAAACCGGAGACUGAUGUGGAUACCAUAUCAUCGGCGGCCUGCUUACAAGUCGUUCAGAAUCUGCAGCCCGUGAUCGUGCAGAUUAAGAAGUGCGUUGAUGGUGAAAAUCUUCAGAAUGUUCUUACAGAAUUUGGAACUCGCUUGCACAGGGUGAUAUACGAUCACCUCCAGACAAUGCAAUUCAAUACGGCUGGAGCCAUGUGCGCCAUUUGCGAUGUAAACGAGUACCGCAAGUGCAUCCGCGAACUGGAUAGUCCGCUGGUGACGCAGCUCUUUGACAUUCUCCAUGCUUUGUGCAAUCUGUUACUUGUAAAGCCGCAAAACCUCCAAGAGGUUUGCACGGGCGACACCCUGAAUUAUCUUGACAAGUCGGUGGUGCGACAAUUCAUUCAGCUGCGCACUGAUUUCCGGAUCAUAAAGAACACCAACUACCUAAAGGGUAUUUUUGAGUGAGGAGUCCAGCUGCCUGAUGAGUCACAUUCCCAAAUUUUCCGCCUUGCACAUCGCUGUCUCCUGAUCAAAAUGAUAUAUUAAAGAGGACAUUAUCUAAUAACAUUUAAUUACGAUUCGCUGUGUUCUUUAACUUUCAAUUAAAGUCAAGUGGCUGGUUACUUUUAUCUACACAUCGACAGAAGCGCCUGAUUUAUUUCGGUCGUAUUUAUAGAGGCGACUCACACGCGUGCCCGCCACCCAACCACCCACUCCCAAGCCCACUCAAGCCCCCAACUACGUCACGGAAAGCCCCUUAAGAAAUCUUCAAAGUGAUUCGGUGGCUUUAUCAGUCAGAGAAGGAGCGAAAUUCAACGUUAGUUGCUCCAAUCGGCUA